AUGAAGUACAAGAAACUCUACAACUUCUAUACGUUCCUAUGUACUACCAUAUGGACAACAUUCCUGAUAUCCCAGUUCAUUUAUAUCUUCGGCUCAUUUGACAACAUUGACGAACUCACAGACGUUUCUUAUGUAGCAAUGACUUGUACCAUCGAUUUAAUCAAGAUGCUGGCGAUCUACAAGAACAUGGAUUUGAUAAAAUCUCUGUUGAAGAAGAUGAACAAACCUUUAUUUCAACCAAAAUGCGAAGAACACUACGUUUUAGCAAUGUCAGUGAAGAAGUUCCACAAAACGUUGUUCUACUUCUGCCUGUACAUCGGAUUACAAACGUAUAUCUUCUUCUCUGCCAUUCCGUUUCUUCGAGUAGGUUUAGUACCGUUGACUCAAGGAUGGUUUCCUGUAGAUUUCAGAUACUCUCCAAACUACGAGAUUAUUUACAUUUUCCAGAAUGUGGUAAUUCUUUGGAACACGUUGAUUUUCUUGAAUCUAGACACGUUCACUUCCGGUCUAAUGAUGCAAGUCGGGCUACAAUGCGACUAUUUGUGUGUGACCUUGAACUCUUUGCAUAAGUUCCACGAGCAUCUCAUGUUCAAUGAAAUGCAGCUCCAUAAUAUUGUUUUUCAGAGUGGAAUGAUUUUUUCAUCAGCUUACAACACACCUUGGCUAGACUGUGACAAAAAGUUCCAGAAAAUUCUUCUCAAUUUCAUGACUCAGAUCAAAAGUCCAAUCGGUCUUAAAGCUGGUGGACUGUUCACGAUGUCUAUCAGUGUGUUUGUAUCGCGAACAGCUAUGGCCACCGUGAAAUUCGUUUUGACUGCGGCAGCCAUCUUGGCAACAGCCAGUGCUAGCCCAUCCGCUGUGGAUGUCCUUCAUGACAUCUAUUCGGGCUGCCUGAAGGACUUCGAGGUCAGUUGUGCCAAACCGAAAGCUCUGCACUGGUUGAGCGAAGUAUCAGAUCAACAGCAGAUCAAACUCACUGAAGAGUUGAUGAUUGUGAAGAAAGAUGUCCCAGGACAAGUUGAGGAGAGAGGUUUCUCUAAUGACAUCUUCGAGAAAUUCGAAGAUUUCCUUCAGUCUCACGACUUGUUGAUGAAAGCACCAGCUCUUUUGACAGACAAAGGUAGUGAAAUAGCUGAUCUGGUACCAAGAUCUUUUGUUGCUGAUGACAUCAAAGUACCUCUUGCAGUUACAGGCAGGUCUUCAAAGUUAGUGAAAAAAGUAAUUGUCCCUUUCUUGUUGGGAUUGAAAUUCAAGACUGCAGUUCUUGUGCCUCUAGCCUUAGCCCUCAUUGCCCUCAAGACAUGGAAAGCCCUUACAUUGGGUCUGCUUUCCCUGGUUCUUACUGGAGCUCUAGUGAUUUUCAAGUUCACCAAACCAAAAGUGGUUAACUAUGAGGUGAUUCACUAUCCUCAGCACGUUGAGCACCAUGUAGAACAUCCUCCUACUUCCGGUUGGGAGCAUCCUGGAUAUGGCAGACAAUUGACAGGGAAUGAAAUGGCUUAUCAAGCUCAUUUGGAUAGCUAA